AUGAGAAAGAUCCCACAGUCAUUCUCCUCGACGAAAGAGUACAUGGCCUCGUUCUGUGAUCCACUUGCUGAAGAAACACAUGCUGACUUAUUUUCAGGCAUGUCAACUCUAUCUCAAGCACCUACACGUGAAAUAUUUUUUGUCAAACAAUUUGUGAAAUUGGAAACACCCAAAGACCUCUUUUACCAUGUUACACUUGAAAGUGUGAGGAAAUUCAAGGAUCGUGGUGGGAGAUAUGAACCUGUGGCUCGGGACCUCAUUGCCAUAACAGAUGUGAGACCAAAAUGCAUUGCGGAUUUAGUAAGCCCCAACAGAUCCUAUCUUGUUGCUUUUGUUCUGAGUGUGAGACAAGAAAGUUGUAUGACAAUAUUAUCCUCAAAGCCUAUCUUGUUUAAAAAAGACAAGAACAAGAAGAGAGAGACUCUUUAUGCCGUUCCCUUGACGAACAUGAACACAAAUAUCCGUAUAUAUGGAUGGCGUUGAACUCUAAGCUGGAAGGUGGGAACUUAAACAUCAUUCAGAAUGUGCUGCAAUAUAGUUCAGUGAAUGCCACAAAUUGUACUGCCUGCCUUUUGGAAAAAAAUUGCAGUGCUGCCUUUGCAGACGUUAGGUACAGAAUCUGCUCUUCUGAUUUAAAUGAUUCCCAAAAAGAUGCAGUUUUAAGCUGCUUGGUAACUAGGGAAUGCCACCAUCAGAGUACUGUCAAACUAAUAUGGGGUCCUCCAGGGACUGGGAAAACCAAGACAGUUGGUUUCAUGUUAUGCUCUCUUCUUAGAAUGAAAUGCGGAACACUUACAUGUGCCCCAACCAAUACUGCUCUUUUAGAAGUGACGCAGCGGCUUCUAAAGAAUGUGACAGGGUCACUUGAAUAUGAUACUUAUGGGCUUGGAGAUGUGGUUUUAUUUGGGAAUAGUGAGCGAAUGAAGAUUUUCGAUCGUCCUGACCUCCUUGAUGUAUUCCUUGAUAACCGUGUUAAAAUACUAUAUGAAUGCCUUGUUUCAUCAUCUGGUUGGAAAGGUAGUUUACUAUCAAUGAUGUGUUUGCUGGAGGACCCUAAACGCCAAUAUGAGUUGUACUUGAAUGAAAGAAGCAUGACAGACAAUAAGGAGGACAAAAUUGAAGGGAUGACUAAAAAUAAAGGGAGAAACAGGAUCCAGGGAAAGGAGAUUGAUCAAUCCUUUGAAGACAAGAAGGGCAAGAAAAAUAUAAAGAAAGUUAUUGUUCAAGUCUUAAAUGAAAACAAAAACAAGAAAACACUGGAGAUUUUUCCUUCUGAGAAGGAAAAGAAAUUAGAGAAUGAGGAAAUGCAAAACAAAUGUGAUGAUCCUUUAUCUUUUGAGGAGUUUAUUCAGAGAAGAAUUGAUUGCACUUUAAAGCGUCUCAAUUACUGUAUUGUAAAUUUGUCUACACACUUACCCACUUCUUUUAUUUCAUUAGAAGUGGUAAAGAACAUGAACUUGGCUCUUGAUUUUCUCAGAUCUCUUGAAACAUUGUUGUGUACUGUUACCGUUGCUGAUAAAGGAUUAAAGCAAGUCUCUGGUGAAAAUGAACAAAGCAGACUCGGUAACUUAAUGAAAUCUAGUUUUGUGAGAAAAGAUUGCCUUAGGAUACUUAGAUCACUUCCCCAAAAAUUCCCUGUUCCAGAUUUUAGAUGCGAGGAUGAGAUAAAAAAAUUCUGCCUGGAGAAUUCAUGUCUAUUUUUCUGCACUGUAUCAAGUUCUGCUAAAUUGCAUGAAGUAAUGGUUAAAUGGGAAGUACUGGUUAUAGAUGAAGCUGCUCAGCUUAGGAAUGUGAAUCCACCAUUCCUUUACAACUUCCUGGCCUCCACCAUGCUAUUCUCAUUGGAGAUGAGCAGCAGCUUCCUGCGAUAG